AUGUUACCCGUCUUCGGGAAGGAGAUCGGAAAUAUGGGUCGAACGGACGGAAAGUCUAUAACAGCAAGUCUUCGACGAAUGGGCCCGGAGCUGCUCGCGAACGAAACCGACGAUGUGGUCAUCGACCCUUCUGAGCCCGAGGACGAGACGCGCUCGAGUCAUGGAAAAAGACGCAAAAAGGGUCGGGACGACCACCGGGCCUGUCCAAAGGAGGUUCCCGAUGGUUGCACGCGAAGAAACCGGGCAACGCGUAGACACGCGACACGCGUGGACCGCGUGACGAGGCAUGCGGGACCGAGACGCGCGAGACAAGGGCGUGCGAAGGAAGGCACGCACGAGUGGACACCAUGGCCCGAUGACGAAUGCACGGCGGGUAAUUCACGAUUGAAGGCAGAGAAGGACGCGAAGGGCGCAUACGCGCGAGAUGCGAAGGGCGAGCAUGCACGGGGAGCGAUAGGUGACGCGUGGGGCGCAGAUGCUCGCGAUACGGCUAACGAGCGCGAGUCCUCGGAGGACUAG